UUGCUUAAUUAUGAAAAGGUAUAUUGUGUAUAAGUACCAAUACAAGGUCGGACUCAAGAUCAUCUGAUAGAUCCUCCAAGUAAUAAUUAUUUUAAUUUUUUAAGGUAAAAAGCCAAAAGAGAUCAUAGGAAGAAUUCAAGCUCAUCAAGUAGUUCCAGAAGUAAAUUUCUGGAUUAAUUUGUUAGGAGAUAGGAAAAAGAAGCAGAAAAAAGACAAAAAGGAAAGGAAGGAAAAGAAUUCAUAAAGUAAUUCAAACUUUGUGAAUUUAGAUAUUGUGGCAUCAUAAAAGUUGUAUUUAAUUGUGAUUGUUUAGAACUUAAAGAUCUAGAUCCAGAUCUAAAUAGAAAUCAAAGUCUCAUUCUAAAUCUGAACCAAAGGAUGAUCCAAACAUUAUAAAAAAAGGAAGGGGUCACAUGAAUAGUUGUCUUUUGUAAGUUUAUUUUUGAUUAUAAUUAGUGGUUGGAAGAAUGAAGAUUUUAGUUAAGCCAAUUCUUAUCUAAAAAGGUAUUUGUUCAAACUCUUAUUAAUUUUAGAAUUGAUUAAUCUAUCAUAAAAAAAAAGCAAAAAUCGCAAACAAAUAAGUCUCAAGAGCAAGGAUAAGCAAAUAAUGAUAUGAAUGUCAAUUUAGAAAAAAAAGCAGAAGAUUAAUAAGUAUGAUUAUUAAUUCUUAGAUUUAAUAAGGUUGAAAGAAGAAACUAUAGUCAAGGAAACUAUAGAAGAUUUAACAAUUCUAAUUAAAGAAGAUAUGAUAAAAGAGAUAGACGUGAUUAUGACAGGAAUCAAAGAAAUGAUAGGAAUGAUGCGAAUGAUAGAAAUGAUAGAAGUGAUAGGAAUAAUAGUUUCAAUAGAGACAAAUAUAGAAAUAGAUACAACGAUAGGGAUAGAAACAAUAAAGACAGAGAUCAAAAAGGAGAUGAUAGAAGUAUAUUUAUUUAGAAGACUAUAAGAUUAGAGAAAUUAUCAAAAUCAUUCUAAAUGGGUUCAUGAUGAGUUUGAAAAAGACAAAGAUUAAAAUUCUAAUAACAAUGUAUCAAAUGCAUUUAACUACUUCUAGCAAACUAAACCAAGAGGAUCACCUAUAUACAAAUGAGUAGGAUAAAUAUGC